CUCCUUCGAGCUCAUCCACUCGAACCAACUUCCCCAAGAGCAAGACCUCUACUCUUUUCAUUUGACCAAGCCUCCUCUUCAACAACCAUGUUCAGCAACAACAAGAUCUUCGCUCUCUGCAUCGCCGCUGUGGCUCUCUCAAGUGGUGCACACGCCGAACAGCAAGUGGCCGAGACGUUCGGACUACUCGGUGUCCCUGGCGUCGGUGUCGGAGUGGGUGUUCCAGGUGUGGCUAGCGUCGGAGUGGGUGCCCCCGGAUACGUCGGUCCAGGCGUUAGUGUCGGCGUUCCGGGCGUUGCUAGCGUUGGUGUGGGCGUACCUGGUGUCGUGGGAGUAAACGGCGUUGGAGUUGGCGUGAAUGGCGUUGGUGUUGGUGUGGGCGUUCCGGGUGUCGCUAGCGUUGGUGUGGGUGCUGCUCCUGCUGUUGGAGUGAACGGUGUCCAUGUCGGUGCACCUACCACCGUUGUUAACGACGGUGUCGAUGUGAGUGCUGGAACCGGCACAAGCAAGACUGUGACCGUGACGAGCGAUGGUGGAGCCAGUACUGCGAAGACGUCGACCGGCACGGGUGGUGCGUCGGCCAGUGCUACUGCAAGCGCCUCUGCGAAUGCGAACGCGAACGCUGGUGCAAAGGCCGGCACGACUUCCACCUCUCAGAAGGCGUACCGCAAGCUUCGAUCGGAGAAGUGA